UAAACACUCUGCCUUCUAAGGCAUGUAUGUUUAUUUUUAAAAGACACCACCCAGAAGAGCAAGCUUGCUGAAACUGGAUGCAAUCUUCCAGAGUCAUGAAUAAGAAGGCCGUAUCCUGAGAUUUCCAACUGCCUUUCAGCAUCGUCAGGAGCAGCAGCAGCAGCAGCAGCAGCAGCCCUGGCAGGAGCCAGAGCCCGGCAGCUGAAGCUGCAGCCAGCUGCCUGCCCGUCCCCUACCUGCACCGUCACCCAGCCACAGCACCCACCCCGGCCCCACUGCUUCCCACGGGGGGAAAAAUAGGAGAGAGGGAGGUGCACCGCAGAGGGAUCCCAGACAACCCAGGUGAUGACCUGAAAAAAUCAUGUCUGAGGUCCAGGGAACGGUCGAGUUUUCUGUGGAGCUACACAAAUUCCAUAAUGUGGACCUCUUCCAGAGAGGGUAUUACCAGAUAAGAGUGGGACUGAAGAUCCCAUCCAGGAUUCCCCACAGGCUGUUCGCUACGAUUGCAGGACAGACAGGUGAUUCCAGCCUUUGCUCAGCCUGUGUUCAUGAAAACAACGUUUACAGCAGAAUAUUUCAGAUUUUGUACAGAAAUGAAGAGAUCAUUCUUAAUGAAUCAAUGAACUUCAGAGUGCACCUGCUUCUGGAUGGCGAAAGGGUGGAAGAUGCAUUGAGUGAGGCAGAUUUUCAGCUUAAGUUGGACCUGCACUUUACUGAUAGCGAACAACAGCUGAGAGAUGUUCCAGUGAUCCCCAUGAUCAGCAGCCGUACACUGUGUCUUCACUUCCACCCCCGGAGAGGUCUGCACCACCAUGUUCCUGUCAUGUUUGACUAUUUCCACCUGUCAGUGAUAUCUGUCACGGUGCAUGCGUCACUGGUAGCAUUACACCAGCCUCUGAUCAGUUUUGCUCGUCCAGGGAAAGGUUCAUGGCUCGGUAAAGGCAACCUGGAGGCAGGACCAGACCAGUCCAGUAUGUCAUUAGAAAAUCUGGUGUUUGGAGCUGGCUACUGCAAACCCACUUCUUCAGAGGGCAGCUUUUAUGUCCCAUCUGAAAACUGCAUGCAGCAUGCAUACAAAUGGCAUAAGGACCUCUGUUUUCUGCUCUUGAAUGCUCAAAGAGGACUUCAUAUGUACUACACCCUCAUAAUGAAGGAGAUUCCUGAUUUACCACAGCUGAAGUUGGAGGAGCUAUCUGUGGAAGAGACGUUAUCUCAGCUUUGUAUGGAGCUGCAGCUGCUGAGCAAUCCAGAGAAGAUAGCAGAACAGAUAAGCAAGGACCUCGCCUGGCUUUGCUCCCACCUCCUGGCCCUGUGGACCCAAUUCCUGGAGGUGGCAACGCUCCAUCCAGAAGUUACAGCUUAUCUGACUCAGGAACAUCACAUGCUGAGGGUGAGGAGAUUCUCAGAAGCCUUCUUCUACACUGAGCAUGAAAAACUCGCUGUGCUCACGUUCCAGGAAGGCCUGAUCCAAAGUCAUGGGCAGAUUUCUACAGAAAUUCGUAAUUCGGAGUACUUCACCAGCAUGCCCCCGCUUCCGGCAGAAUGCCUCGACAUAGAUGGGGACUGGAACACGCUCCCAGUUAUCUUUGAGGAUAGGUACAUGGAUAUGCCUUGCAAAGAUCAGAAUUUGGAAGUUUUCCCUGAUUUUGAGGUUCCUGCAAAUACUCAAAUGGAUGUAAUAGAUGACAACGAAGAUUUUGCAUCAAAUGAUGCCACAGCAGUAAUGAAAGGAGACUUUGGGAAAGGUACUUUGCUAAUACACACAGAUAGGAUAAACAGGAAUCCCUCCUGCAUAUACAGUGCUACUGAAGGUGCUGCUUAUACAGCUAAGAGUUUAAACCAGCACUCCACAUCUCAGGUAUGUACAGCAAACAAAGAAGGCCAAAGGAAAUCUGAAAAUAUUUUUGUUUCAAGUAAUGAAACUACUUCUGACUCAGAGCCAGGCAAUACAGAAUGCACAUCAGAAGACUUUAAAACACCCGAGGAAGUUUUAUUAAAAGACAAUAGGUUUGUGGCAGAUGUUACCUACAGAGAUAUGAAACCUAGCAAUAAGGAUUCCCACAAAAGUGAGCCCGUGUUAAUUGUCAGUGCUCAGUAUGAGUGUGGAGCGUGUGGAACUGAUGGCUUGGAAGACAGGACUGAAAUACAUAAAAUAGAUGAAUCUAGUCAUCCUGAGAAUAAUUUCACUUUGUCUGAGCUUGCACUGAAUGAAUUAACUAGUCUUGAAAAACCAGGAGAUCCAGACACCAAGGCCCUGCUCCCUGUUUUGAAAGCUUUGCCCACACACAGCUUUGAAGUGAAAUUGUUUACAAAGGAACAACGAGGUGAGGAGUGUGAAGAAUUUACCCUGAUGUCAGGGGUCAUAAAAAGAUCCUCCUCUAUAAUAUCUGAUUCAGGUAUUGAAAGCGAACCAAGUUCAGUGGCGUGGUCUGAUGCUCGUAGCCGGGCAUUAGAGCUGCCCAGCGAUCGAGAGAUCCUGCACCACUUGGUACGAAGGCACGCCAUCCACCGAAAUUCCCUGGAGGGUGGCCACACAGAAAGCAAUACCAGCUUGCCUAGUGGGAUCCAAGCGUCGCUCACAUCCAUCAGCUCUUUGCCCUUUGAGGAAGAGGAGAGGGAAGUGGAGCUUACCAAACUGACAAAAUCUGUCUCAGCUCCUCAGAUCAGUAGCCCAGAAGAGCCUGCAGAGGAGGUAGAUAUAUCCAAACACAGUGAAGCAACUUCAGGAGAUUCAGGAGGAAACUUAAAAAGUUGCAUGGAAACAGAGGGUGGGGGUGGAAAAUUAAUUGUGGACUUUUCUGAGUGUCAAAUCACUACUGAAAGUGGACAGCUAGAACCAAGAGGACAUAGCAAACCCUCCAUCAAACACAGCAGCAGUAACACUGAGUUACAAGGGGAGGAGGAGAAGGAAGGUCUUCCAGAGACUUACUGUAGUUUGGAAAAUGCCAGACCACCCAUUUGUCCAAAGCAGCUCCGAGAUAACGUCUCUGAGUGCCAGUCACUGGAGAGCAGUGGUGAGUGCAGCUUAAAACCACCAAGGGCUUGUAAAUACUUGGACAAAAAUAUAGAUAAGUUUGAUACAUGCAUUGAGGAUCCAAAGGAUAAACUUCAGCUGGACACUUUAAAAAUACAACAAGGCUUUUACUCCAAUAGCAGAAUUUCAGGAGAGGAGAGUUUCUCACAAAGCAUAAAGCUGGUACCAGAUUUUUGCUAUCCGGUUCCAGCUCCUUCAGAAACCUCAACUGAAUUUGGCUCAAUGCAAGGAGAGUGUGGUAGCUCUCUUGCUGACGAGGGCCCAGCAGUGUAUGCAGAAAUGCAGGGGUUACAAGAAAUUGAGCUCAACGACUCACCUGCCUCAGCCGACCCUGCUGCAGGAUCUUGCCAGGCUGAAUAUCCUCAGGAACCCAACAGCCAAGAGCAUAAACAUGUAGCUAAUGGCACCGGGUUUCAUUUGGCAACGACGGAGGGAGUAGCCCUGGAAAGCAGAAAAGCUGUUGAUGUGGUUAACCUCUCCGUCUCUUGCACAGCCACGUGUCUUCCCUUUUCUUCUGUGCUCAAAGAGACCCCUGCUAUGGUUGGCUUCUCUGCAAAGCAAGCCGCGUUCCCCAUCACACGCCAGCCUCUGGGCUCUUUUGGAGUUGUCUCUUCUAAUUCAAAUGAGAUGGAUGAAGAGACCAAUGAAAGAAUGCUGAAUUUUUAUCAGGCCAAAGAAAAAUUUAAAAAAGAAAUGAAGAUUGAAGGAUUUCUGUACAGUGACUUAUCUGUACUAGCUUCUGAUAUACCAUAUUUUCCACCAGAGGAAGAGGAAGAAAAUUUGGAAGAUGGAAUUCACCUGGUUGUCUGUGUCCAUGGAUUGGAUGGUAACAGUGCAGAUCUGCGGCUCGUAAAGACUUUUAUAGAACUAGGACUCCCUGGUGGAAAACUGGACUUCCUAAUGUCUGAAAGAAAUCAGACUGAUACUUUUGCUGAUUUUGAUACAAUGACUGACCGAUUACUGGAUGAAAUUAUUCAGCAUAUCCAGUUGUACAACCUCUCCAUAUCCCGAAUAAGUUUUAUUGGACAUUCCCUUGGUAAUGUCAUUAUUCGAUCUGUACUAACUCGCCCCAGGUUUCGCUAUUACCUCAACAAGUUACACACCUUCCUGUCCCUCUCUGGGCCUCAUCUGGGAACACUUUACAACAACAGUACUUUGGUUAGUACAGGUCUGUGGCUCAUGCAGAAGUUGAAAAAGUCAGGGUCACUUUUGCAACUGACCUUCAGGGACAAUGCAGAUCUGCGCAAGUGUUUCCUCUAUCAGCUCAGCCAAAAAACAGGUCUUCAGUACUUUAAAAAUGUUGUGUUAGUGGCCUCACCCCAAGACAGAUAUGUACCCUUUCAUUCAGCAAGAAUAGAAAUGUGCAAAAAUGCACUUAAGGACAGACACACAGGUCCUGUUUAUGCAGAAAUGAUUAACAACCUGCUCCAGCCUUUGAUUGGGGCGAAGGACUGCACUUUGAUCAGACACAACGUGUUCCAUGCUCUGCCCAACACCGCCAACACAUUGAUAGGCCGGGCUGCCCACAUUGCUGUGCUGGACUCUGAACUUUUCCUGGAGAAGUUUUUCCUCGUGGCAGGACUCAACUACUUCAAAUAGUGCCUGAAGUAUGGGGUAACAGAGGCAAACCUUUUCACUGAGUGGAGGAGAAUCCCUUAGCCAAAAGAUUACAGUGUUAGAAAUGAGAUCAGGUGGGACUUUCAAACUCUCCAUUUCCAUUUCCGUUUCAGAGAAUAAAGUGCUAUGGCUUUAAGGCAUUCAAGCUUCCAAAUACUGGUGCUUUUGGAAGAAAUAAGUAUUCCUCUUCAGUUUCUAUGUUCUUUGUCCACAUAAAGACAUGAGCCACUUCUGAAGUACAGAAUCAGAAUAAAAAGGCUAAUUCUUUAAAUGUGA